CACCUUCUCUCCCCUUUCCCUUUCUUAUCGAUCGCUCUGGAACCUUCCUCUCGUCCUUUUAUUAGCUUCCCUCCCUCUCUCACUGCUUCCGAGACACUCCAAAGAAUUGAACGCGACCUUCUACCAUUCUUGUUCGUCGAUCGAGAAAGAGAGAGAUGAGUCCGGUGGCGGAUUCGGUGGUGUUCGACACGGCGGUGAGCCACCUAUUGCACCUGCCGGAGACACUGGAGAAGCUCGUCUUCCCGUCGCCUCGGCCGCAGGACGGCCAUGGCGGAGCCCAGGGCCGCCCAGCCGGCGAGGAGAGGGGCUUCGGUGGGGUCCCCGUGGACAUUCUGGAGACACCCAAGGAGUACACCUUCUUCUUCGACGUCCCCGGCCUCUCCAAGACCGACAUCCAGGUGACACUAGAGGAGGAUGAGAUACUGGUGAUAAAGAGCAACGGAAAGAGAAAGAGAGAGGAAGGAGAGGAAGAAGGAUGCAAGUACCUGCGCCUGGAGAGGAGGGCCUCCUCCAAGUUCUUGAGGAAAUUCCGCGUGCCAGAAGACGCCAAGACUGCCGCCAUUACUGCCAAGUGCGAGAAUGGAGUGCUCACCGUCGUCGUUGAGAAGCUGCCGCCGCCGGAACCCAAGACUAAGACUGUGGAGGUGGCCGUAGCUUGAAGCGGUUGUUUUUUAUUUUAGGAAACUUUGGAUUAAUUCCUGAUCCUGAUCAAGUUUUUCAUAUAAAAACUUGUGGUAAUGUCAGAAUGGGAGGAUAUCUUGUGUGUGUCUUCUUGUUUUCCCAGUAGAAAGUUAAAAACUCCUGUGGAUUGUGUGAACGAAGGUUAGUUCUUGGAAUGGAAGCUCUUUUUGUUAUUAAUUGUAUAUGAUAUAGUAUUACUUUGUUUCA